GGAAUACGCCAAGGAAUGAAUGACCUCGGGACGCAGAAAUCGCAACUCGCAAGUAUAAAAGAAAACAGAGGGGAGGUAGAAGGACAAGGUAGAAUUGCAAGAGAUCAGGAAGGAGAAGGGGAAGAGAUGAAGACUGUCAGGUCAUAUCCAAGGUCUGAGCCAAGGAGAGUCGUAAAUGGCUUAAUCAUAGGCUCCAUGGUUCUUUCUCUCUGCAUCCUCUCGCUCAUCAGGGGUCGAUAUUGUUCCUCCCCUUUUGCUCCCUCUUAUUUCUCUUUGUUUUUUGUACGUAUUAUGAAUCUUUUGUUCUUAAUAAAAUACCCUGAUUCCGUUGCAGGCAAGUCACAGGAUCUGUCGGAUAGGAGUCGCCGCCUUGUAUCGAUAGCAGGGGAAGACGAUGAAGGAAACAGAGUGCUGCUCGAAGAACUGAGAGAAGCCAAGCGACCAAUGUGUGCGGAAACAAACCGGCGAUCGGAUGUUUGCGAGGCCUCCGGCGACGUAAGGGUGCGAGGAAGCUCCCAAACAAUCUUUGUAAGUCCUGAUCUCACAAACCAGGAAUGGAAGAUGAAGCCUUACGCCCGGAAGCACGACCAAAGGGCGCUCGCCAACGUCAAGGAGUGGACCGUGAAACCAGUUUCCGGCCAGACGCCGCUCCCGGCGUGCACCGACAACCACACCGUCCCCGCCGUCGUCUUUUCCAUCGGUGGCUACGCCGGCAACCUCUUCCACGACUUCACCGACGUGCUCGUCCCGCUGUUUCUCACUGCCCGCCGCUUCCGCGGUGAGGUCCAGUUCGUGGUCGCCGACGCCAGGGCCUGGUGGCUGAGCAAGUUCAGCCCUGUCCUCCGGAAGCUCUCCAACUACGAGAUCGUCGACGCGGACGCCGACGAGGACGCAGUGCGCUGCUUCCCGACCGUCGUCGCGGGGCUGACCUUCCACAAGGAGCUCGGCGUCGACUCCACCCAGUCCCCCACCGGCUACGCCAUGGCCGACUUCAAGGCAAUGCUGCGGGAGGCGUACGGGCUGGAGCGCGAGGCCGCAGACGUCGCCGACGACAAGUGGGACAUCCGCCGGAAGCCGCGACUGCUGAUUAUCUCUCGCAUGGUCUCCCGGGUUUUCCUCAACGAGCGGGGGAUGUCGGACAUGGCCAUGAGCCUGGGCUUCGACGUCCGCGUCGCCGACCCCGACGUCGCCACCGACAUCGGCAAGUUCGCGCGGCUAGUGAACUCCGCCGACGUCCUGAUCGGCGUCCACGGCGCCGGCCUCGCCAACAUCGUCUUCCUCCCCCGAGGCGCCGUCUUCAUCCAGGUAGUGCCUAUAGGGAAGCUGGACUGGCUGACCAAGAACACGUUCGAGAAUCCAUCGCUGGAGAUGGAGCUCAAGUACUUGAGCUACCAGAUCCAAGCCGAUGAGAGCACGCUGAGCGACCAGUACCCCAAGGACCAUCCCGUGUUUACAGAUCCCCAAUCCAUUCACAAGAAAGGGUGGGACGAGCUCAGCAGAGUUUACUUGGAGAACCAGAACCUGAAGCCGCACCUGAGCAGGCUCAGGCUCACCUUGUUGGAAGCCCUCAAUAUUCUGCCCCACGGCCGCGCCAUGGCGCAGUAAUCGCUUUCUUUCUCUUCCAAAUUAAAGCUUGUAUUCAUUGUUGUAUCAAGAUCAAUAUACACAAAAUUAGUGUAUAUAUAUAUACAGUGAACCUUGUGCUUAAAAUUAAGAUAGUGAUCAAAGAAUUUAAGUUGUCUCUGAGAUGAUGAAGUGUACUGGAUUUUCAAACUGAAAUAGAGGAACUCAGAUCGACUGUUCUGGUUUGGU